UCAGUGUUUUUAAUGAAACAACCAGAAUGAACUGAUGGAUUUGUAAUGGUAGUUUGUUUGUUGCUGGAGAAUGCUACUUUGCAUGCCUUUUUUCUCUUGCAGGCUAUGUUCUGUUUUGUGCUUUUCCUUUUAGAAGCUUCUAAAGGGUGUUGGGGAUACUUGGGACUGUUGUGAAGGCCAAAAGGCCUGUUGACUGGGGCUGCUUUUAACCCUUUCAUAUUUGCAGACAAUGCAACCGUGUGACAGUAACUGAACACUGGUCCAAAGUCUUUCCAAAAGGUCAAGGUUCACAAGGAAACCAGUCGCUCCAGAGUCAGAUCCAACAUGAUCUCAGCAACAGAACUGGUUCUGCCUUUCUACUGGUCUGGUACAGUCAAGAGGAGUCCACAGGAGACCUGAUUGCAAAUACAUUUUCUCCCUCACUUUGAAGAUAUCUGAUCAAAUUCAUGACCAUGGGGGAUAUGAAGACCCCAGACUUUGAUGACCUCCUGGCAGCAUUUGACAUCCCAGAUAUGGUCGAUCCCAAAGCAGCUAUUGAGUCUGGACAUGAUGACCAUGAAAGCCACAUCAAGCAGAAUGCUCACGUGGAUGACGACUCUCAUACCCCCUCAUCCUCCGAUGUCGGUGUCAGUGUGAUUGUCAAGAACGUUCGCAACAUCGACUCCUCUGAGGGUGUGGAGAAAGAUGGCCAUAAUCCUACAGGCAAUGGCUUGCAUAACGGGUUUCUCACAGCAUCCUCUCUUGAUAGCUAUGGUAAAGAUGGAGCAAAGUCCUUGAAAGGAGAUGCGCCUACCUCAGAGGUGACUCUUAAAGACUCAGCAUUCAGCCAGUUCAGCCCUAUCUCCAGUGCUGAAGAGUUUGAUGAUGAUGAGAAAAUAGAGGUGGACGACCCUCCGGAUAAGGAGGAUGCACGGUCCAGUUUCAGAUCAAAUGUGCUGGGGUCAGCUCCCCAGCAGGACUAUGAUAAACUAAAAGUGCUCGGAGGGGAAAAUGCAAGCAAAACUGGAAUCUCUACAUCAGGCCAUGUAGAUAAAAACAAAGUUAAGAGAGAGACAGAAACAAAUUCUCUAAACCUGAAUGUUUAUGAGCCUUUUAAGGUCAGAAAAGCAGAGGAUAAGUUGAAGGAAAACUCUGAGAAGGUACUUGAAAACAAGGUCCUUGAUGGGAAGCUAAACUUGGACAAGAACGACACCAGCCUUGCUGGUGUCACAUCUAAAACAAAGUCGUCCUCCAAGCUCUCAUCAUGCAUAGCUGCCAUUGCCGCAUUGAGUGCUAAAAAGGCUGCUUCAGAUUCCUGCAAAGAGCCUGUGGCCAAUUCGAGAGAAGCUUCUCCAUUACCAAAAGAAGUUAAUGAGAGUCCGAGAGCUGCCGACAAGUCUCCGGAAUCCCAGAGUCUCAUUGAUGGCACCAAGAAAGCUUCUCUGAAGCCACCGGAUAGUCCUAGGAGCGUCUCCAGUGAGAACAGCAGCAAAGGCUCCCCAUCCUCUCCUGCGGGGUCCACGCCAGCAAUCCCUAAAGUCCGUAUCAAGACUAUCAAGACGUCUUCAGGGGAGAUCAAGAGAACAGUGACCAGAGUAUUGCCAGAAGUGGAUCUGGACUCUGGGAAGAAGCCUUCUGAGCAGGCAGCAUCUGUGAUGGCCUCUGUGACAUCUCUUCUGUCAUCUCCAGCAUCGGCCACUGUCCUUUCCUCUCCCCCCAGGGCACCUCUCCAGUCAGCCAUGGUCACUAAUGCAGUUUCUCCUGCAGAGCUGACCCCCAAACAGGUCACCAUCAAGCCUGUGGCCACUGCUUUCCUUCCUGUGUCUGCUGUCAAGACGGCAGGGUCCCAAGUUAUCAAUUUGAAGCUCGCUAACAACACAACAGUGAAAGCCACGGUCAUAUCUGCUGCCUCUGUUCAGAGUGCAAGCAGUGCCAUCAUUAAAGCUGCCAAUGCCAUCCAACAGCAAACUGUCGUGGUACCGGCAUCCAGCCUGGCCAAUGCCAAACUUGUGCCAAAGACUGUGCACCUUGCCAACCUUAACCUUCUGCCUCAGGGUGCCCAGGCCACCUCUGAACUCCGCCAAGUGCUAACCAAACCUCAGCAACAAAUAAAGCAGGCAAUAAUCAACGCAGCGGCCUCGCAACCACCCAAAAAGGUGUCUCGAGUCCAGGUUGUGUCAUCCUUACAGAGUUCUGUGGUGGAAGCUUUCAACAAGGUGCUGAGCAGUGUCAACCCAGUCCCAGUUUACAUCCCAAACCUCAGUCCUCCCGCCAACGCAGGGAUCACAUUACCGAUGCGUGGGUACAAGUGUUUGGAGUGUGGGGACUCCUUCGCCCUGGAAAAGAGCCUGACCCAGCACUACGACAGGCGUAGUGUGCGCAUCGAAGUAACAUGCAACCAUUGUACAAAGAACCUUGUUUUUUACAACAAAUGCAGCCUCCUUUCUCAUGCCCGUGGGCAUAAGGAGAAAGGGGUGGUAAUGCAAUGCUCCCACUUAAUUUUAAAGCCAGUUCCAGCAGACCAGAUGAUAGUUUCUCCAUCUAGCAAUACUUCUUCCACUCUGCAGAGCUCUGUGGGAGCUGGCACUCACACUGUAACAAAAAUCCAGUCUGGCAUAACUGGGACGGUUAUCUCCGCUCCGUCAAGCACACCCAUCACCCCAGCUAUGCCCCUAGAUGAAGACCCCUCCAAGCUCUGUAGACACAGUCUCAAAUGUCUGGAGUGUAACGAAGUCUUCCAGGAUGAGACGUCACUGGCUACACAUUUCCAGCAGGCUGCAGAUACAAGUGGACAACAAAUGAAGAAGCACCCCUGCCGCCAGUGUGACAAGUCUUUCAGCUCCUCCCACAGCCUGUGCCGCCACAACCGGAUCAAGCACAAAGGCAUCAGGAAAGUUUACACCUGCUCGCACUGCCCAGACUCCCGUAGGACCUUCACUAAGCGGCUAAUGCUAGAGAAGCACAUACAGCUGAUGCACGGGAUCAAGGAUCCUGACUUGAAAGAAAUGACGGAAGCCACCAAUGAGGAGGAGGAGGAAGAGGAGGAGGAGGAAGAGGAAGAAGAAACCGAAAUAAAGGAAGAUGCCAAGGCUCCCAGUCCCAAGCGGAAGUUGGAAGAACCGGUUUUAGAGUUCAGGCCUCCCAGAGGAGCCAUCACUCAGCCACUGAAGAAGCUGAAGAUCAACGUCUUUAAGGUUCACAAGUGUGCCGUGUGCGGCUUCACAACCGAAAACCUGCUGCAGUUCCACGAACAUAUUCCUCAGCACAAGUCGGACGGCUCCUCCUACCAGUGCCGGGAGUGCGGCCUCUGCUACACAUCCCACGUCUCCCUGUCCAGGCACCUCUUCAUCGUGCACAAGCUAAAGGAACCUCAGCCUGUGUCCAAGCAGAACGGGGCUGGGGAAGACAGCCAGCAAGAGAAUAAGCCCAGCCUGGAGGACGAGGCUGCUGAAGGCGCAGUGUCAGACAGGAAGUGCAAAGUAUGCGCCAAGACUUUUGAAACGGAAGCUGCCUUAAACACUCACAUGAGGACACAUGGCAUGGCCUUCAUUAAAUCCAAAAGAAUGAGUUCAGCUGAAAAAUAGCCACAGGUACUCCUUAGGGAAAAGCCGAUCCACAUUGGAAUUAAAAACAAGACGUUUUUGUUACAAAGUUUGAAGUAUAAUAGAGUUAACAGUACUGUCUAGGCUGUUGCAAUAUAUUCUUUCCACGUCCCUUCACCUCCCAGAUGUGUCCCUCCCCAUAACUAUUAAGGCAGUAUUUGAGUUUAAAAGAGUUUGUAUAUAUUUAAAUAACUUUUUAUACUCUUUGUUACAUGUUUGUAUCAGUAUUUGGUGGAAAAUGUUUUUGAGGUUUUUUUGGGUUAGAAUUUUUCUUUUUUGUACUGUUUCUUUAAACAGAGUUCUAGUAACAGGGGCAGUUCGUGAAUUCAAACCAACCAUUUUGUAUGUUACGAAUUUGAAUGAGUUCAAUAAUUACGGGCUAACACAACGCCUUUUUUAGUGUUUUUAAUUUUUAGAGCUCACCACAUAAAUUGUAGGUGAUUGUGGGUUUCAUAACACUAGCAACUUUUAAGUGUCUUAGCACCACACUCUGCAUGCCUGCUCCUAGCGAGCAAGGGCUCUGGGGACAACUAUACCCCGGUGAGGGCAUGGCCUGAGCCAUGCUCAAUGGCAUUUAAAGCAGCCUUGCAGGUCCCUUCAUUCUCCAAAGUGGGUCAGACAGGCUAGGAAUCCAGUAGGAAACGUGGACUUCCUGAAUUCCAUCUUGAAGAAUGAAGAAGAAUACAGGGGGAAAUGGGCUUGUUGAUUUUUCUGGGCAAGCUUGCAAGGCUGACUGAAAGAGCACAAGGAGAAGUGGCUAGGAAAGGGCUGGACUACUGUAAAAGUUACAAAUAUGUAGUUAGACCUAUAGCUCUCUUGUCAGGUUUUGUCAUGUAACUUAUUAACUAUUACAGAGAUACAACUAAGAAUAUCAAGUAUUUCUCUGGCUCUUGACAGGAAAAAAAAAAGUCAUGGUUGACUCCACCCUUUGCUCUCUACACAGUUGGCGUUUCCUGUUUUGGGUGCUACUGCCAAAUGUUCUGGUACUUAGAGUUGGGAUGCACAACUUCACCCACCGACCUAUCAAUGCAGCAGCCCGCACUCUGCAAUUGGCCAUAGAUGAAGCACUGAGCCACUGGGUUUCCUUCAGUCAUUUCAGUAGCGUAGCUUGCUAUCUGUGGCCCUGCCUCCCUGAAGCACUAUGGAGGUGCUCUUCUUUCUGUUCCUUCUGUGUAUAGUUCUCUGGGAAAGUUAUAUAUAUAUAUAUAUAUUUUUUUUUUGGUUUUUGUUUCGUGUUUUCUGUUGCAUUUUAUAUCUUGUAUUUAUCCCCAAUAUGUUUUAUACUUUUUUGUUUUCCUAAGCAAAGAAAUUCUUUUGUGUAUAUAGAGAUACUUGCAUGAUAGACUGUAGUCAACAUUCAGUUCCUCGAAAGGUCUUGCUGCUGUCAGGUGUAUGCACUACAUCCAUCAUAACUGUAUUAAACACAUUUCACAUGUAAAUAAACAAGGGACAUUUGGCCCUUGUGCUUCUAUAGAAGAGUUAUUGGCAGUGGGUCUGAUAUCUUCCUAAAGUUUGGGAAGUGACUGAUUGCUGGGACAGGCUACAGGAUAUUACAGAAUUUUUUUCCACUCUAACGAAUGGCUUAUUCAUUCUCGUCGGUGACCAGCUACUCUGCCACUUUCUGUUGACUACAUCGGUACAAUCCAAGGUGUGAAAAUAUUCUUCAACUUGAAAUUCAAUUGCUGUUACCUGUUAUAUCUGUAUUGCUCCCAGUGUAUUCAUGGCACUUUCACAUGUUCCUGCUUUUGAACCUUGCAAUAAACCUGUGUGGUGGCCACGCAGGUCUGCACAGCCUAGUUUUACAGUUGAGGAAGCUGAGCUCAGAAUCAGUUCUUUGCCCAAGCCCUCAUAGCUGAUAAGUGGCUUUGCGUAUUAGAACUCAAAUCUUUUGCUCUCAAUCUAGUGCUCGCUCUUUGUGGUGAUGUACAUAUUGACAAAUAUUCAUUUAUUCAAUAAAAUUAUGUGCGAAAUAUGAUACUGGAGCUUUUGUUUGGGCACUAUGACUUUUAUAAGAUAACCUAGAAGUGUAAAUACCUAGAAUUAUUCCAUAAUGUGGAAUUAACAUCUGCUUGGUUUAGAAGGGUACAAGAGGAGCUUUUUAAAUGCCCAAUUUUUUCCUGAAGGUUCAGAUUAAACACCAAUAAAGAGAUGAGCUGAGUUUUAGAUAAACAUUCAAGACAGGUUUUUGUCUUUGAUUGGGUGAUUUUAUUUUACCAAUAAUAGUAAUAGCAAUGUAAAAAAAAAGAAAGAAAGAAAGAAAGAAAGAAAAUGGAAGCACAAUGACACAAAAGUGAGAAAAGGAAAAAAAUGUAGGCUUAGACCACACGACUACAUUUCUGCAAAUUCUCACCCAAAGAACAAUGUACUCCCCACUGCUGCCAGGGCUCUGGGAAGAUCUAACAGUGAAAUCUUCACUUGCCAACUUUGGGCAGCUAGUAUUAAUAUACUCAUGCUGUGAGCCCCUUUAGAAAAGAGAUGCCUACUUAGCAGGGGAAAGAUGGAAAAUGUGCCUGAAGAACUUAAUAUGACUUAGAAGAACUCUUCAGUUAAUCCAAAAGAUAGUCUGAAAAUAGAUGUGUGUGCCAGAUGUGCUUGUACAUACAUACGUACAUGUACACACACAAACACACACACAGCAACUCUCAGAAGCUGUAAAGGUUACAGACUGUAGCUCUUAAUCUUAACAUAGAUCAUUUAGUAAACCUUGGCUCCUCUCUAGGUAUAAUUCAUUCUUUACAUCAAUGGCUCCUUCAGUCUUGUUUUCUUUGAAGCCCUCCCCUGACUAUGAGCCUCACAUCCUUACUGAAGGCAACUGUAAGCCACAGAGCUGUGACCACAUGACCUUAGUUCUCUCCAUUUUGCUACAAAGCAAAAAUCUGUUGAUGCACAAAGCAUGAACAGGGAUUUAAAGCCACCACGAUGGAAAACCACCAAACCACAAAGGAAGACAGAAGAGGAACACAUGAAGUAGAACUCCCAAACCAGAAAACAAAUGACCAGCCAGCAAUAUUAAGUUCUUACCUAUCACUCGCUGCUUUGUAUUUAAAUUGGUCAUAUUUUCCAAUAAAGAAGCAGACUGUCUGA